AGAAAAAAAUUCAGUUUCUAUGAGCAGUUAGGUGGACUUUUUGAAAAAAGCCUCAAUGCAACUUUCAUUCCUCUCAUUCCAAAGAAACCCAGGGAUGUUGAAGUUAAAAUAUUUUUGACCCAUCAGUCUAGUGAGUUACGCCUCCAAGAUUAUUGCCAAAGUCCUAGCCAAUAGAUUGAAAAGGGUUGUAGAGAAUAUUUCGAAGCCCCAUAAUGCGUUUGUCAAAGGUAGGCAAAUCCUUGAGUCCAUUCUUAUAGCAAAUGAAUGCCUAGAUAGAUCAGAUCUGGUGAGCUUGGUGUGCUUUGCAAAUUGGAUAUUGUGAAGGCCUACGAUCAUGUUUAUUGGGAGUUCUUAUUAUACAUUAUGAGGAGGUAUGAUUUUGGGGAGAAAUGAUGCAAUUAGAUAGCGCAUUGUAUUUUUCCAGAGCGCUUUUCUAUUUUGGUGAAUAACAUUCCUAGUUUCUUCAGUAGCUCCCGUGAUUUGAGACAUGCUUAUCCAUCUCCUUUGUUACUUGUCAUUGUAUAGAGGCUCUAAGUAAAAUGCUAUCAGUUAUUGUAGAUGAGGGCUUCUUUUAGGCUUUUUUGUGGGGUAUAGGAACAUUGGUGCGCUUCAUAUUUCCCAUCUUUUGUUUGUGGAUGACACCUUGCUAUUUUGCGAGGCAAACCCAAAACAUCUACGCUUUCUGCGUGCCUUAUUCUUAUGCUUUCAAGUUGUUUCUGGUUUGAAAUUAACCUAAGUAAGUCAGAAUUUGUUCGUGUGGGUAAUGUCAAUAAUGUUGACAGAUUGGCCAGUAUUUUGGGAUUCAUGGUGUCUUCUUUGCCUAUGAAGUAUCUUGGUCUUCUGUUGGGAGCUCUUUUUAAGGCCAAAUCUAUUUGGGAUGGUGUUAUUAAGAGGAUUAAGUGCAUUCUAGCCGAGUGGAAGAAUCUCCACUUCGACUGAAUCUUCCUCCCUCUCUCUCUCUCUCUCUCUCUCUCUUCUUUGCCCCCUUUCCCAAUUGUAAUAUAUGAAAAUGUUCAAAAAGUUAAGAUUAUCAUGCAUUACAGGUACUCCUGAAAAUGGAACGAAUCAAAAUAUAAAAUCACUCAAUCUGAUAAUUGACAUUUAUUCUGUACAUUACCUGAGAUAUAAAUAUGGAGGAAAAAGUUGAAUUGUAACUGGAAUGCUAGUCACUGCAAACAAGAAAAAGAAACAGGAUAAAAGGUCACAAUAACUAGAAGAAAAUCAAGAAAUGGGGCAUAUAAUUAUUAUAUUUUCUUGCUUAAAGUAAAUGUUAGUAACUAAGAAAUGAAACUGAGUAAUGCUUGUUUGACCAUCCGAGACUUUUUUCGCUUUUGCCAAUUUAGAAGUCAUACUUGACUCUGACACUCGGUGAAUUUUAUGGGAAAAUAAGAUUGAAGCACUCUUUUGAAUAAUAUGAAUUCUGUUAAUCUAGUCCCAGUGAUUUUCAUGUACUUAGAGAGGAAAAAGACACUCAAAAUAGUUUGUCACUGAAUUAGGUUCAUCAAUCGAGAUGGCAUUGACUUCUCGGAUGCUCAAAGUAUGCAAGCCAUUCAGGAGUGGGAUUUGGCUGAAAAUUUGCAAGGAGUGUUAGAAUACCAGACAAGAUAUUCUAAAUUUCAAGGUGUGGCAAGUAUCACAUUGCAUUUUCCUGAGAAUUUUGGUGGUGACACAACUCAGAUACACUAUAUUGGUUUAAAAGGUGAAGCUACCCAGUUGAAGAGGGAUGUUGUUGCAACAAUUGUUUAUGAGCUUACGCCGAAUCCUUCCGACCACAAAGCACGGGCUGAAGGUGGUGGGGGUCUUUCGCAUGUGGAAUGAAGAGUUGCCUGCUACUUCUUACAUGAUGCUUCUGGAGUGGAUUCUUCUUCUGUACAUCUGUUCUUGAAUUGUUGUUGCAACUCUUUAUUUUAUUUUAUUUUUGUUGUGGUACCUCUUUCUACAUUGCAAUAUAACAUCAAAUUUCAUAGAAUGCUAAUUUCAACCUGUCCAAAUUUACCUAGUUCCUAUGCUGUUGUAAGA